AUGAAUUACGGCAACGGCAAUACGCUCGCUCAGCCUCUGCCCUCGCAAGCCUCUGGGUCUAUGCUGCCUCCUGCUGCGUCUGGCAGUGGCUCGAAUGCUUUUGCAGGACUCCCGUUGUUUCCGUUCGGCGUUUUCGGUCAACAGACGUCUGCGCCUUUCACUGUGCCGAACGGACAAGUGCCUCAGGCUCCCUGGUUGAACCCAUUCCAGUCACAGCAACCGACCAUUCCCGACUCGGAAGACUUCACAAAGUCGGAUGAAUACGAUAAUGUACUGUUCAACGGCUUGACUGCAGCGCGGACAUAUGGCAUCUCGUACUUGACCGCAAUGAACUGCAUACCCGUCACACCCGGCCGUUCAGUCUUAUGGUGGAAGCAGUACUAUCUCGAACACAUGCGCCGGAUCGAUCGCUUGGUGCUGCGUGGUACACACGCUCCCACCCCAUUCUCAGCCUCGACCUCUGUGAACCACAUCAAGCCUACGCCCGGUCCUUCUCACAGCAUGUCCAGAAAGCCAAUACCGCGGCCUGGACCUUCUUCGUCGAAGCUCAAACUGAAACGCAAAGCGCCCUCGCCGACUCCUGAGAGCGAUCUCGAGUCUACCUCGUCUGAGUCUGAGUCUCAGUCCGAGUCUGAAGAGAACAAGGACGACGACGACGACGAAUCUUCUGUUGAAGACACUCCCCGCCGCACCCGCCGCCGCCUCUCCUCCCGCCAAUCCAAACACCCCAACGACCUCUCCUCGCCCUCCCCACUCAAACAGGCACCCAAGACCAAAGUAUGGCGCAAACACGUCUACCAUCUCACCAUCCCCAGACGGCUCCCCACCUCCCCGCCGCGCCCGCCCGCGCCCGUCCAGAUCAAGCGCGGGUUCGCCUUCACGGACGAAGACAAAUCGUACUUUGUUCGGUUUUUGCUUUGGGAGGCGAAGAUGGGGACGACGUUGACGAAGGCGGCGUAUAUCAAGAAGAUGAAUGAGCAGGUACCACAUCAUACGUUGAUGUCCUGGGACACAUUCUGGAACCGUGCUGAGCCCAAGGGUCAGGUUAUUCUGGAGCAGGGAAGGGAAAUGGCGAGGCGCGCGCAGGAUCGGUCUGCGUAG